AUGUGCAAGCAGAUUGAGACCAUCAGACUACUUAUCCAACGUGGCGCUAAUCUUGACAUCACAGACAACAACGGUCAGACAGCUUUGGAUGCGGCUACUAUGAGUUUAAACGAUGAAGCAGUUGCUGUUCUAAGACAACACGGAGCUAAGUCAUCAUCAGAGAUUAAUGAGAAAAACACCAGCACUGUUGUGGAAUGUUCAACGUUUACAGAAGUAAAACCAAUAACAGAAACAACUUCAUCAAGUAUUACAACGCCACCACCUUCUGCUUAUACUCCAUUUUUAAGAGAUGAUACUACCCCAAGUAAUGACACUACACCAUCUAUGGAUGCAACACCCUCAGCUUCUUCAGAUGCUCCAAAUGAAAGUGAUGAUACUGCCCCAAAUUCUGAUAAUGCAACAUCUUUGGUUAUGACACCAACAGCUUCUACAACUAAUUUGGUUAGAAGUGAUGAUACUACCCCAAGUUGUGAUACUGCACCAUAUAUGGAUACAACACCAACAGCUCAUACAAAUACACCAGAUGCAAGCGAGGAUAUUACCCCAAGUAAUGAUACUGCACCAUCAAAAGAUACAACACCAAAAGCUUCUACAACUACUCCAAAUGAAAGUGAUGAUACUAACCCAAAUCAUGAUAAUGCACUAUAUAAGGAUACAACAACAACAGCUCCUACAACUACUCCAAAUGCAAGAUAUUAUACUACUCCAAGUAAUGACACUACACCAACUAUGGAUACAACACCAUUAGCCAAUACAACUACUCUAGUUGCAAGUGAUGAUUAUACCCCAAGUACUGAUACUGCACUUUCUAAGGAUACAACACCAAUAGAUUCUACCCCUACAAUUACUUAUACUGCACCAACUAUAAAUACAGAACAAAAAGACUGUCUCACGACUAACACAGUUAUUACUACCCCAAAUAAGCAAGGCACAAUGGCCAGAAAAGCAAAGACUAAGAACAGCAAAUCCCUAACUAUGUAA